GACCGGAAGCUGAGCGUUGUGUCCUGUUGGAGCUUGACGUCCCGGUGUUGCGGUUAGUGAAGGACUGAUGGGGAGUCGGUGGAUGCCGCGCUGCGCUUCACGUCCACAGAAAUCCACCUCUCAGAUCUUUGCUGGUGUCGAGCUGAGCUGCUGUUUCCGGGACAGGUGUGCAGCAUCAUGUUGGCCAGGAAGGGUCUCCUGCCGGACGGUUUCCUGCUGACCCGUCUGGCGGAGGACCAGAACCAGCCGAACCGCAACCGAUCCAGAUCUCAGAGAGCCCGCUUCAUCACCAAGUCCGGAUCCUGCAACGUGGCUCACAAGAACAUCAGGGAGCAGGGUCGGUUCCUGCAGGAUGUCUUCACCACCAUGGUGGACCUGAAGUGGCAGCACUCCUUCCUCAUCUUCACCUCGGCCUUCCUCUGCUCCUGGAUGCUCUUUGCUAUGAUCUGGUGGCUUCUGGCCUUCGCUCACGGAGACCUGGAGCCCCGCGCCCCCGACAGCGAGCCGGGCCCCGUCCCCUGCGUCACUGCCAUCCACUCCUUCACCUCAGCCUUCCUCUUCUCCAUUGAAGUCCAGGUGACCAUUGGUUUUGGUGGCAGGAUGGUGACGGAGGAGUGUCCUCUGGCCAUCACCGUGUUGAUCAUCCAGAAUAUUCUGGGGUUGAUCAUCAACGCCGUGAUGCUCGGCUGCGUGUUCAUGAAGACAGCACAGGCCAACCGCCGAGCAGAGACGCUCAUCUUCUCCAGAAACGCCGUCAUCGCUCCUCGAAACGGCCGGCCGACCUUCAUGUUCAGAGUCGGAGACCUGAGGAAAAGCAUGAUCAUCUCUGCCACCAUCCAGCUGCAGGUGAUCCGGCGGGCGGUGACGGCGGAGGGCGAGGUGAUCCCGGUGUGCCAGCUGGACAUCCAGGUGGAGAACCCUCUGAGGAGUAACGGCAUCUUCCUGGUGUCUCCUCUGAUCAUCAGCCACACCAUGGAGAGAGGGAGCCCUCUGUACGAGCUCUCCGCCCAGUCGCUGGCCUCCGAGGACCUGGAGAUCAUCGUCAUCCUGGAAGGUGUGGUGGAAACUACAGGGAUCACCAUGCAGGCUCGGACCUCCUACACUCCCGAGGAGAUCCUGUGGGGGAGGCGCUUCGUCUCCAUCAUGACAGAGGAGGACGGUCGUUACUGCGUCAACUACUCCAAGUUCGGCAACACGGUUCCCGUCAAGAUGUCGUCUCUCAGCGCCAAGGAGCUGGACCAGCUCAGGGGCGUCCAGGAGGGCAGCUCCGACGUCCAGCUGCAGGGCUGGGGGCUGGUCCGAGCCGGCAGAGGAGGCUUCCGCAGAGGAGGCCGGACCUGCGAUAGCUCCGCCCCUCAGCCCUGGUACGCCAAAUCAGAGAAACCGGAGAGAGAAGUGGAGCAGAAAGGACAGAAGAAGACGGUGCAGCUGGAAGUGAUUGGACGACAGAUUGAUGAGGACGGACUGGGAGAGAUGAGCGACUGAAAACCAGGAAACAGGCAUCGUGUCCCAGUUCCACACUACAUACUGGAAUUAUAUACAGUACACACAGUGUAUUAACUGUCUUAAUCCCCAUUCGGACUGGAUGUCUGUCUGCAGGGGAGGCGGGCUGAUGUUAACAUCACCUGCUCUGGUCAGUGAUUUUAAUCCCACCUGGAGCUCGUUUGUUUUUUUUUCUCUGGUUUCCAAGUUAUGGAGGUUUAUUCUGGACCGACAUCAGAGAUAAUGGUAUCCUCAGGAAGUGCAGGUCACACUUAAUGAUUCAAUAUGUGUUUCAUGUCUGUCAGCUCUCCGGCGCCCCCCUGUGGAGGCUUUAGUCUUUGUCUUUAGUCUCUGUCCUGCUGAAUGUCUGUUACAGACCGCAUCCUGUCAUUUCACCAGGGUUAACGUGUCGUCCUGAACGAGGAGCUAAGGCCUCCACCUGUAAUGUUCACCUUGUGUGAAUUACGGCCGUGACUUCCGGUUUUUCCUUUCACUGAACCGCCGUCUGUGAGAGUUAGCGGUGUCCUCUGCUACCGAGGGAUCAGAGGACCACCUGAGGAGGUGGCCUCGGGUAGCGUACAGUAGCAGGUCUUAGUAUGCAUACCAACCGUUUAGAGUAAUUAUUUUGUCGAUUUCCAUCCCGAACACACUGCAGACUCAGAACCUGCUUAGAUUUAGUGUGCAGUCUGGAUUUGUUAUGUUUCUUUGCCUCGUCGUACCUUCUCCUCUUCUAUUACAAAUGAAAUCCCAGUCACAUGAAACCCAGUGUUCAAAUAGUUUAUUGUAAGAUAUAUAAGUCACAUAAAGCCUGAAGUUAUAAAGUAUGAUAUAUAAGUCACAUAAAAGACACAUAUUGGUUUAAAUCCUAUAGCACGAUAUUCACUGUGACACUAUAAUCCUUAGAUUAUGAGAUAUCUCUCAGUCUAUAAGGUGUUAUUUAUUAUUCUGUUUUUGUAUUUUGUCUCGUGCUGUGUUGUGCUGAGGAAACAUUUGAGAUGUUGAGUCUGUUCAAGAGGAGACAAUAAAGAAUCAUUUCCGGUAAGA